AAACAGGCGCUUGCCGCGAGACGGCUGCACGAUGCCUCGGCCCUGCGCGGAGCCAGAGCCCAAGGCGACCGCCAGACCCCGGCCCCAGGUGAAUGAAUCUAAAGAAAAUGAGAACGAUGCUCAGGAAUCUCUGAGACCUGUACAAACUACGUUUUUAGGGAAAAUAGCUAGGGUUUAUCUUACGCCCUUUUCACUCAGUAAUUGCACUUCGGAGCAAUUGAAGUGCUCCCUAUCUCAAUUAGAAGAGAAGGCUAACAAUGCAAUGUUGUGUAAGAAGAUGAAGUUGAAGAAAACCCCAGAGGUGAAGAUGAAGGCCACAUCUUCCAAGUCCGAGUCCACCCUGCUAAGGUCUUCCUCAAAGGAUCACAGCACAGGUCACAAGCUAGGGCAGAAGAGCAGUGCAGAAGCCUCAGUCCUCAGUGUUGAUAUGGAAAGCAGUGAUGAUGAUGAUGUCUGUGAUGAUAAUUCAGGCCUGGAUGAUUUUUCAGGAUUGUCACCAUAUGAGAGGAAGAGAUUGAAGAACAUAUCAGAAAAUGCAAACUUUUUUGCCUCUCUUCAAUUGUCUGAG